GAAAAUUGUAAUCGCUUCGUGACCGGCUCCUCGAUCACGAUUCACCUCGCUCACCGACCAUAACCCUUUCGAGAGAUGUCCACGGGGAAUAAGAAGCCGUCGAGGAAAAUCAGGCUGGCCAGCGAGAAGGACAAACGCAUGGCGCAGCUCGAGAAAGAGAUCGAGCGUCUCGAGGAAGAGAACAAUAAAUUGAAGCGUGACAGCAUCGAGUCCCAGAACAAACUGGCCGCGUUCGCAAGCCCGACGACGCGUUUCCCACCGAUUCCGACGUUUAAUCGCGUUCUCGCACCUACCGCGAACGUUUCGGCCGUGUCCAAGCCGGACAGGAGUUCCACGAACGCGAUUCGCUCGGACGGCGCCCGGGGAACCGAUCAACCGGCGAGAAAGAAGCUGCGCAUAAAAACGCAUUUGGCCAGUUUCAAAAAGCGAGAGCCGAGGAAGUGAGGAUCGUACGGUGUCUCUUGUUCCCCGUGGGCAAACACCUGUGCUCCGCGUUGACGCGAUCGCGACGAUCGCGUCGAGCUCGACUCUCGAAAGGGGGCAGAUUCAGGCGACAAGCUUUCGGCCAUUGAUCUUCGCAAACAUGUAUCAAAAUUAACCGGAACAAAUUCGCAGUCAUCGAGCGGCGAGGCUAUGCCAGUGGAAGAUACGCCGUGCCCGACGAAGCAAAUAAUAAAGAAGUUCGUCCAGGGCGUGCCGUGCCCGAGCGGGAAGCCUAGGAAGAAGCAAGACGUGAGAUGUCCGUCGACGCAGAGCAGGAGGACCUCGAAGUGCAGCGACGACCUGGCGCUAUGCAACGGGGGCGAACCUAAAAAACCGAAACCGGGCCAGGGCUCGGUUUGCUCGGGAAACGGGAACGGCAAGUCCGCGAGGUCCAUGCAGAAGGUGUCCUGUACGGUCAAAGAAAAAAAGUUCAAGGGAUGCCCGAAAUGCGAGAACAAUCGGAUCGAGAAAUUGGAGUGCGAAGUGUAUCAGCUGCGAAGGGAGAUCGAAGGGAUGAAGCACGAGCGAAAGGCGGCGGAGAAAGCGGUGCAAAGGGCGAUUCUGCGGGGCGCGCGUGCACUCGGCGGAAGAUUUAAACCGAUCGUUCCGGAAACGAUUGAAAAACUUUUGGAUAGUUGCGAGAGCAAUGCGUCUUCCGUGUCGACGUCCGGCUCGGUCACGUGCUGCGGAAGGAAAUCCGAGAACCGGCCGUGCGGAAGUAAACUCCCGAAAGAUUCUUACGUCUGCGAGGCGUCUUGCGCCGAUUAGAAAGAAGCGUUCCGAGCGAGACUAGAAAGUCGGAACGAGUCCCGGAGCGAUUUCAUUUUGGGUGCGAACAAACCGACCCGCGUGUACGUAUUAACGGCAACCGGAGCGCUGUAUAUUCGAUGUUUGAUUGUAAUUAAUUGCUGCGUAUUCUUCCGGCCAGAAUGGACUGGUAAAUAACCGAUAAAUAAAACACGGAAGUCGCAAACACCGUUUUCGGCCUCCAGACGGUUUUA